ACUGAUCGUAUCCAUGGCAACCAACAGUGUUUUAUUAUUUUUAAAUAAAUAAAACAAUUCGUACGGCUUAAAAGGAUUUGACUUCAAGUCAUAUCAAAUUUAAAAAAAAAAAAAAGUUGUCUGUUACCUAAUCUACUGAGUUUGCUUUUGUCAACUGUUACACGAAACAAAUUCGUAUAUCGUGUUUUGUGCAGAGUGUUUAGUUAGUUAGUGUUUGUUUAGUUCGUGAUUAGUGAAAAAAUAAUUUAUAUUUGAUAUGCCUCCUAUAAGACGAAGCAAUUUAGGUAGAAGAACCAGAAAUGCUACGAACCAAGCUAAUUACCGAUCUAAUUCACAAACGCGUGAAGCGCGAGCGCGACAUUCAACUAAUAAUCGCGCAAGUUUGAAUCGAGCUGCUUUCAGUUACGAUGUGUCAAUUGACUACAGUAACUACCAAUGUGUUGUUAUUGGUUCUAUGAACUCGGUUUGCUCACACUGUAAGGCAUUAAAAUACAAAAACGAAGCCAAUGGAUUGUGUUGCGCAAAUGGUAAAGUGAAAUUGAUACCAUUGGAUCCACCACCAGAACCAUUGUACUCAUUGGUUUCAGGAAUAGGAACAGAUUCUAUACACUUUUUGACAAAUAUCCAACAAUAUAACAAUUUCUUUCAAAUUACUUCAUUUGGGGCAACAAAUGUAGUUCGGGAAAAUUUUAUGCCAACUUUCAAGAUACAAGGGCAAAUAUAUCACAGAGCAGGUUCACUGUUACCAGUGUCAGAUAGCGACAACAAAUUCCUGCAAAUUUAUUUUAUGGGCAAUUCACCACAAGAAAUUGAUCUGCGUUGUGCACAUAACAAUUUAGUAAAGAGGUCAAUUGUAGAACAAUUACAAACUUUAUUUCAUCAACACAAUCAAUUGAUUAUAUUGUUUAAAACUGCCCUGGAUCUGAUGCCAUCCGAUAAUCACAAAAUUGUAAUCAGAGCUGAUAAAACACCUGCAGGUCAACAUACAAGACGUUUUAAUGCACCAACUAUUGAUGAAGUUGCUAUCGUUGUAGUUGGAGAAAACUUGGAAUCCUGUGAUAUUGUUUUACAUCGUCGGAAUGAUCAAUUACAACGUAUAAAGGAAACACACCGCUCAUAUGAUGCACUGCAAUAUCCCAUUAUAUUUUGGCAAGGUGAAGAUGGCUACGAUUUCUCAAUAAAAAUGAUAAAUCCCAUUGCAGGUUCUGAAACCAACAAAAAAGUCAGUUCAAUGAACUAUUAUUCAUACCGCCUAAUGAUUCGGGAAAAUGAAGAUAAUCACAUAUUGAAAUGUCGGCGAUUAUAUCACAAAUAUGUUGUUGACAUGUAUGUUAAAAUUGAAACGGAGAGAUUAACAUUCAUCAGGUUGAAUCAAACCAAACUCCGAUCUGAAGAGUAUAUUCACCUUCGAGAUGCGAUUAAUACUGAUGGAAAUGCACAGAAUGUCGGUCGGAUGACUAUUCUUCCAGCAACAUAUAUCGGAAGCCCUCGGCAUAUGCACGAAUAUGCUCAAGAUGCCAUGUCGUAUGUUCGUCAUUAUGGUACAGCAGAUUUGUUCAUCACAUUUACAUGCAAUCCGCAAUGGAUAGAAAUCAAUCAGGAGUUAUUCUCUGGGCAAUCACCCAUUGAUCGUCGUGAUAUUACUGCCAGAGUCUUUAGACAAAAGUUGAAAUCUUUAAUGGAUUUCAUCGUAAAACAUAAUGUGUUUGGUGAGACACGCUGCUGGAUGUAUUCUGUGGAGUGGCAGAAACGAGGAUUGCCACAUGCACACAUUUUGAUUUGGUUGGUUGAAAACUUGAAAAUAUAA